CAUAGACAAAAAAGAUAAAGGAAUUAGACCUGAGACUGACCUGACCUGACCUGACCUGACCUAACCACCAGAGCACGGCGUCGCUUCCAUGUCUUCCGUUUACAUAUAUCUAUGUUCUAUACAUACAUCUGAUAUCUGAUACUACUCAAUAGAGAAUUUUCCAAAUGGAGCCGCUGAUUAAUUUCGACGAUGAAAAUGACGACGACGGCAGAAAAAUCUACGACCGCCGCUUCUUAUCGUCCUCCUCCGACGAAGAACAAUCCGAUUUGGUCAAAUCACCAGCUUCAUCGUCGUCGUCGUCUACAAUGGAAGCUACGAACAAACGCCUGGAUAACAUGAUUCAGUUCUUGGACCGGAAGCUCUCGUCUCCGUCUACUAAUCCUAAUAUUAAUACUUCAAAUUAUAAUAGUGUUAACCCUAAUUUGUAUUGCUCUCAUAAUAAUUACUAUACUAAUACUGAAUUUAAUACUACAAACAAUAGUUCUUUUUCUCCUACUAGUGCUUCCACAGCUAAUGGCGGCGGAGGAGGCGGCGGGGGUGGUGGUUUGCCUGAGUUCAUAGGAAAAGGAGGAGGUUCUGGAAUUUUUAGAAUUCCUAUUCGAAAAGCAGUCCACCCAGGCCGGCCUCCGAGCCUUGAGGUACGGCCUCAUCCCUUGCGAGAAUCGCAAACCGGUUGUUUUCUCAGAACUAUUACCACUACUCCGUUUCAACUGUGUUCCGGCAGUGAAGACGGUUCUCUUUUAAUCUGGAAAUUCUCUGAUCUCUACGGUGGGACUAACGAUACGGCACCGUAUAGUCAAUCUGAUGCGGUGGGAUCAGGUGUUCUGUGUCUGCUCGGGGAUGACGCUACCGGAGUUGUUUGGAGCGGGCAUAAGGACGGUAAAAUUAGGUGUUGGAAGGUGGAUGAGUCGAAUUCGAAUUUGAAUUCCAAUUGUUUCAGAGAAGUUUUGUCUUGGAUUGCUCAUCGUGGCCCUGUUCUUUCCAUGGUCCUCACUUCUUAUGGGGACUUAUGGUCUGGUUCAGAAGCUGGUGCUCUCAGGAUUUGGCCCUGGGAAGCUAUUCAUAAAUCCUUUUCUCUUACUGAGCAGCAACGCCACAUUGCUUCCUUAUCGGUCGAGAGGUCUUAUAUCGACCCUAAGGCCCAACUCUCUCUCAUUGGCUUCUGUAAUGCUCUUACUUCUGAUAUUCGAUACUUGCUUUCUGAUCAGUCCGGAGCUAAAGUCUGGAGUGCUGCUUAUCUUUCAUUUGCAUUGUGGGAUGCCCAUACACGGGAGUUGCUGAAAAUAUUCAAUAUAGAUGGUCAGAUUGAAAAAAUGGACAUCUUAUCAGGACAAGAUAUUACCUUUGAAGAUGAUAUUAAGACGAAAUUUGUUGCUGUUACAAAGAAAGAGAAGAUUCAAAGCUCUUUUGGUUUCUUUCAGCGUUCACGUAAUGCUAUCAUGGGAGCAGCUGAUGCUGUUCGCAGGGUUGCUACAAAAGGUGGUUUUGGAGAUGAUUAUAGGAGAACUGAGGCAUUAGUUAUAACAGUGGAUGGCAUGAUCUGGACAGGUUGUGCAAAUGGAUUACUAGUACAGUGGGAUGGAAAUGGCAACCGUUUGCAAGAUUUCCAGUAUCAUUCUGCUGCUGUUCAAUGCUUUUGCACAUUUGGAUUACGGAUAUGGGUAGGCUAUGCCAGUGGAACCAUCCAGGUAUUGGACCUUGAAGGUAGCUUACUUGGUGGGUGGGUGGCCCACAGCAGCCCUGUAAUUAAAAUGUCUGUUGGGGCUGAGUAUGUUUUCACCUUGGCUAAUCAUGGUGGUAUACGUGGAUGGAGUGUCAUUUCUCCGGGACCACUUGACAACAUUUUGCGCACAGAAUUGGCUGAAAAGGAAUUUUUAUAUACAAAGAUUGAGAACGUGAAGAUACUAGCUGGCACGUGGAAUGUAGCACAAGGAAGAGCAUCUCGUGAUUCACUUAUAUCCUGGCUAGGUUGUGCAGCUGGAGAUGUUGGCAUUGUUGUUGUUGGUUUGCAAGAAGUUGAAAUGGGUGCUGGUGUUUUAGCAAUGUCUGCAGCAAAAGAAACUGUUGGACUUGAGGGGAGUUCUCUUGGGCAGUGGUGGCUGGAUAUGAUAGGCAAAAUUUUGGAUGAAGGUUCAACAUUUGAACGUGUUGGUUCUCGACAAUUAGCAGGCUUACUUAUUGCUGUAUGGGUCAGAAAUAAUCUUAAAGCUCAUGUUGGGGAUGUAGACGCUGCUGCAGUUCCUUGUGGCUUUGGGCGUGCAAUUGGUAACAAGGGAGCUGUUGGUUUGAGGAUUAGAGUAUAUAAUCGGACAAUGAGCUUUGUUAAUUGUCACUUUGCUGCACAUUUGGAGGCUGUCAAUCGUCGUAAUGCAGACUUUGAUCAUGUGUAUCGAACAAUGACUUUUGGUCGACCUUCUAAUCUCUUCAAUGCUGCAGCUGGUAUAGUGCCAUACCUGUUCCUGUCUUGCUCGCUUGCCUGCUCAUUGUAUUUAUUAUGGCUUGUUUAUAGAUCUGGCUUGCCAUUGCUUCUUUGUAUUGCAGCUGGUUCUUCAUCUGCAGUUCAAAUUCUUCGUUCUACAAAUGUUAUGGGAGCCAACUCUGCAGAAGGAAUGCCCGAGUUAUCUGAGGUUGACAUGGUCAUUUUCCUUGGGGACUUUAAUUACCGGCUUGAUGGUAUAUCGUAUGAUGAAGCAAGGGACUUUAUUUCUCAAAGGUGCUUUGAUUGGCUAAGAGAAAGGGAUCAGCUUCGAGCCGAAAUGGAAGCUGGGAAUGUCUUCCAAGGCAUGCGGGAAGCAAUUAUUAGAUUCCCCCCCACAUACAAGUUUGACAAGCACCAGCCUGGUUUAGCAGGAUAUGAUUCGGGUGAAAAAAAGCGUGUCCCCGCCUGGUGUGACAGAAUACUUUACCGUGAUAGCCGUUCAGCUAGAGUGUCUGAAUGCAGUUUAGACUGUCCCGUUGUCUCUCUCAUAUUACAGUAUGAUGCUUGCAUGGAUGUGACCGAUAGUGAUCACAAGCCUGUACGUUGUACAUUUAGUAUUGAUAUUGCACGAGUUGAUGAGUCAGUGAGGAGACAAGAGUUUGGUGACAUUAUCAAAUCAAAUGAUAAAAUUAGAUGCAUUCUUGAAGAACAGUGCAAGAUUCCAGAAACUGUUGUGAGCACGAACAAUAUUAUCCUUCAAAACCAGGAUACAACCAUUUUGCGUCUCACAAAUAAAUGUGGACAAAAGGAUGCUCUAUUUAAAAUUAUAUGUGAAGGUCAGUAUACCAUUGAUGAAGAUGGACAAGCAUCAGAUCAUCAUGCAAUAGGUUCAUUUGGCUUUCCUCGGUGGCUUGAGGUCACUCCAGCAACUGGUGUAAUAAAACCAGAUCACAUUGCAGAAGUGUCUGUUCAUCUUGAGGAUUUUCCUACAGUAGAAGAGUUUGUGGAUGGCCUCCCUCGAAAUUCUUGGUGCGAGGAUACUAGAGACGAGGAAGCUAUAUUGGUGAUUAAAGUGCGUGGUGCAAACAAUACAGUGGACUGGAAAGACCAUCGCAUCCGUGUGCGCCACUGCCGUUCAGCGCGAACAGCUAAGGUUGACCCAAAGUCGAAUGGCUCUGGACAAGUCCAAGGGAAUCUUCUCCCUCGGUCCGAUUAUCAACAACUCAGCGGUGCCUACGACGUAGUUGACCGCCUUCGUAACUUGCAUAGUCCUUGAUUUGGCAUGCAGUGGCUGAAGUGUUGAUUGAAAUAUUGUCAACAAAGGAUCAUUCCGCUCCUAAAACUUGGAAAAAGGGAUUAAAAGCGUUCAAAUUUGUGGUUUUGGACAAUUUGAUGUCGGACUUGAUGGUCAAAAGAGUAAACUGAUCGAAAAUUGACAAGUUGUGGGUGUUUUUGUCCAAAACUACAAACCUAGACCCUUUUGAUCUGUUGUCUGAAGUUGAAGGGGCAAAAAGAAUCUUUAUUGAUUCCAGAUUGUAUUUAAAAAAGGGCAUUGGUACAAAAUUGAUGUAAAUUUAGUAGCCAUGUGGUGUGGUCUGUUGGUUAUAGGUUUAUAUGUGAGUAUGUGUAGUGCCUGUAGUUUUGCACCUGAGCAGUUUGUUCUGGGAGCAACUUUGCGAGUGUACAGUAAAAGGAAUUGCACAGAGCUUCAUUCUUUUUUAAGUAGACUGUAUUUUUUUGCAAGAGCUUGUUGUUUCUGAUUUGCUCCUCAAGUUGACGCAUAAAGAAAUUAGAAUCUGGUUUUGUGUUGA